AUGUUCGGUGCUUCUUAUCAUCGAUCUACGCCAGCGACCUUCAAUGCCCUACGUCUUACUAAAGGCUUAGUUUGUCGAUACUUUGCAUCUACGUCAUCUCUCUCGACAUCCGUGCCAAAUGUCAAUCGCGUCUACUGGCUCUCCUCUGGGAAUAUCUACCGAAAUCUCGCCUUUGAGACCACACUUUUUAACAAUAAGCUGCGCUACACCAUCGAGCCAUCAUCCAAAACAAGGCCUGCCGAUGUCGUUAUGUGGUGCUCGGAUCCCUGUGUCGUGAUCGGUCGCAACCAAAUCGCUUGGCUCGAAACUAGCCCUCACGAGGUGGAAGGUCGCGGGUGGCUGCUGGCUAGGCGAAUGUCCGGCGGUGGUGCUGUCUUUCAUGAUACAGGAAACCUAAAUGUCAGCUUUUUGGAAUCCCGGAGCACUUUAAAAAGACAAGAAUGUAUGCAGUUUCUUCAGCAUACCCUGAUGUCUAAGUGGCCGGAUCUGAAUGUGUUUGUUGGUCCCCGCCAUGACCUUUGGCUUCUUCCCAGCGGUGUCUCGGUUGAAGAGGGAACUAAAGAGCCCGAAAUUGAAACAAUGGCUUCGCGCAGUGUCCCCAGUCCAGUAACAAACCUUAGAGUUCCCGGAAAUGAACUGAGAACCACGCUUCUCCAAGCCUGCAGCAAACGACUAGGGGCAAGUGCUAGAGAUGGCGAGGCCGAAGUGGUUACCGUUAAUGCUGGAGAAGAAGGCAACUGGAUAAGCAGGAAAGAUUUCGAGGCCAAUCUAGCCACCUUCCAAUCUUGGGACUGGAUUUACGGUGGUUCACCAAAGUUUUCCAUCCCCAUGGAGACUGAAGAUGGGACGGUACUUCGUUUGAAUUGCGAAAAGGGUCGCGUCGUCAGCCUAGUUCGAGACGGGGGCGCCACUUCACCAAUCCCCCUUCUUCAGCGAAUAUCUUCAGCAUUAUCUCGCAAGCCUUCCUCUGACGCCUGGUUGGAAAAGCUUAAUGAAGCCCUCGCUGGAAAACCGCUCUGCUUCGAGGCCCUGCACAACGCCUUGUUGGAUUUUGAGGUGUCGGUCAGUAGUGCCACUGGUGGUGAUGACCCAGAGGAUCCAUUUGGCCCAAAGGCGCAGAUAAUCGAUCGAUUGCGUGCUAUGGCAACCUGUUUCUGA